AAAUAAAACUCACGCAUAUCACACAUCUCUGAAAUUCGGUUUCUCUCGUCUCUCUGCAGCAGAAGCCAUGAACUCCAGCCUCUGCCUCACCGCAACCGCAGUCGCAGCCGUCUUCGCCCUACUGGCAGUCACCACCACCAGAUUUUCGCCGCCGCCGGAGUACCUCGAUCAUCGGAAAACUGAAUAUGCAGUGAUCCACGGUGGCGUCGGACCGGAAAGCUUCGCCUUCGACGCAGGCGGCGGCGGGCCUUACACCGGCGUCUCCGACGGCCGAAUUAUCAAAUGGCUGCCGGAAGAACGGAGGUGGAUCGAUUUCGCCGUCACCUCUCCGAACAGAACAGGGUGUGAAGAGAGAGAGAAUGCGGAGGAGGGAGAGGAGAGGUGCGGGAGGGCAUUAGGGCUCCGCUUCGGCGGCGGCGGCGAUCUGUACAUCGCCGACGCCUACAGGGGGCUGCUUCGCGUCGGCGGCGACGGCGGUUUGGCCACCAGAAUUGAAAUUCAAAGGGAGGUGCUGCAGGGGUUUGAUUGUAUUUUCACAUUCGCCAACGCUUUGGACGUUGAUGAAGCUUCUGGACAUAUCUAUUUUACCAUUACCUCUUCCCAAUAUCCAAGAAGGAAUUUUGUUUCUGCAGUAUUAAGUGGAGACCAUUCAGGAAAGCUAAUGAAGUAUGAUCCUGAAAGCAAAGAACUAAACCUCCUUUUAGAUAACCUCUCAUUUCCGAACGGAGUCUCAUUGAGCAAAAAUAGCGACUUCCUUCUACUUGCAGAGACGACCAAAUGCAGAAUUCUGAAGUAUUGGCUAAAGACACCGAAAAUCGGCAGCUACGAAGUCGUGGCCGAGCUCCCAGGGUUUCCCGACAACAUCAAACCGAGUCCUCGAGGCGGGUUUUGGGUGGGGAUUCACUCGAGAAGACGAGGGUUGUCGAGGGUGAUCAUGUCAUGGCCUUGGAUUGGGAAGGGUUUGGUGAAGCUUGUUCCUUUUAAUAUAGAGAGAGUCUAUUCAUGUUUGGGAAAGUGGAUAGGGAGUGGUGGGGUUGGAAUAAGGGUGAGUGAAGAAGGUGAAAUUUUGGAGGUAAUUGAAGGAAAGUUAUUAGGAGGGUUGAAAUGGAAAUCUAUUUCUGAAGUAGAAGAGAGAGAGGAUGGUGUUGUUUGGAUUGGCUCUAUUGAUACUCCUUUUGUAGCAAAUAUUAAGAUAUGAACAAUAAUGCUUCUUCUUGAUUAAUGGUCAAUUCUAAGAUUGGAAA